AUGGAGGUCGAUGAGGUGCAGCAGCCAGGCCCUGCGCAAGGGGCUACCCAGGAGCAGCAGGGCAAGCAGGGGCGGGCCAAAAACCUCCAACCGAGCACACAGCAGCAGCAGCAGCAGCAGCAGCAGCCACCUGACCAGCAGCUGACCGCAAGCCGGCGGUACGGCGACGAUGUUUGCGGCCAUGGCAGCGAUGCCGAGCCUCCCUCCUUCUCAGAUGCCGAGGACGCGGUGCUAGGUGUAGGCGAGGCUGGCCGUGCAGCGGCAGCAUGGUCAGCGCAGCGGCGAGAGACAGCAGCUGCAAGCCGAAGCGGCGCUGAGGACGCAGCCGAGGACACAGCGGGGGGUGCAGGCAGUGGCACGGGCGGUGGCGCGGGCGGUGGCGCGGGCGGUGGCGCGGGCGGUAGCGCAGCCAGUGGUGCAGCCGGUGGCGAGCAGGUGCGGGUGCGGCGGGAGCGCUUCCGCAGCAAUGCCGGGGACAUCGCGGCACUAGAGCGCAUCGCGUCGGCCUCCACGGCGCUUCUGAUGGACUCUCAAGGCGCGCUCGCAUGCAUGUGCAGCCGCGACGGGCGGUACCUGCUGCGCCGCACCGCGGUGAGCCUCGGGCGCUCCACCGACAGCAAGGGCGACGUGGACGUGGACCUCGCGAAAGAGCGCCCGGCGUGCAAGGUGUCGCGGCUGCAGGCGCAGCUGACGCUGGGGCGGGACGGCGUGUGGGUGCUGCAGAACGUGGGACGGCGCAGUUUGUCGGUCAACGGCGCACCGCUGGAGCGGGGGCAGUCGGCGCGACUGCCGCACCUGAGCCUGCUGGAGGUAGGGGGUGUGCAGCUGCUCUUCAUGGUCAACCCCCUAGCAGUGCAGCGUGCGCUGGUGCGCUCGCAGCAGCUGGUCAUGUAA